AUGGCGACCUCUCUCGCUGCCCAAUUGGCGCAGGUGGCCGCCAACUCCAAGUCCACCCUCAACGUCAAGGCGCAAAAGGCUGCCCAUUCCAAGUCGUUGAUCUGGGAGCCUCGAGUCGCCGCGACCCAGAGCUACCAGGUCCUCUACACCACAUGCCACCAAGGCUUCGAGGAGCUCUGCCAGCUCGAUUCUCGGUUCGCUCAGUUCCAGUCGACCAUAUUCAGCGAGGAGAGCCAGAAUGAGGACCGCACGCAGCUCACCGCGGCCGAAAACCAGGAGCUGGACCGACGGGUUCGGGCCUUUCUGCGCCUCGCUGGCAGUCGACUGAGGCUGAUGCCCGCCAUCAAGGCUAUUGAAUGGUUGAUUCGGCGAUUCAGAAUCCACGAGGAAAACACCGGUGCCUUGCUCUUGGCUUUCCUUCCUUACCACUCUAUCCCGGCUUUUGCAACCCUCCUCUCGAUUCUCCCAACCAAGAUACCCCACGAGUUCCGAUUCCUUGAUCCUUACGUCCGCUCUGUAACUUCGCCACCACGAUCCGUCUUGGUCCACCAGGCCGUUCAACAUCCUGCGUUCUUGACUUUACUCUCCGAGUACACCCUCGAGUCCUGCCGUAUGCAGUACAACUACCCUGCUUUGAUCUCCUUCUGGGCCGGUAUUAUGACCGAAGCCGUGAGCGGUAUCUUGGAUAGGACUAGGUCGGGUAGAUCGGCUGUCCAAAGCGAAAACGACCAGGCAUUGCUUCAUAGGCUGGGCCCAAUCUUUGCGGAAUCUUUGGUUAUGAAGAAGGUCCCCAGUAUCCAGAUUGCUUCUUACAUGGCCAUCACAGUGUUCGUGUCCAAGGGAAACCUUGAGGAUAUUGCUGUCACAGCUUUCAUGGAUCAGACUGUCUACGGCUGGACCAACGACACAGUUCGACCUGGUCUCGUUUGUUUGGCUAUCCUCGCGCAAUAUCGAUCCGCCAAGCAAAUGAGCGGUAGGACCACGAAGGCUCUCAUGAAGGUUUCGGACAUUGGCAAACUCCUCGUCGAGAUUGGCCAGGAGCGCCGAGUCGACAAACUUGCCAAUGGCUUGUGCCUGGCCCUGAUCGAGAGACUGACCAAGAAGGGCGACCCGCGAGGUCUUGCGACUAUCAUGGCUAUUCUGAGCAGCACGAUCCUGAAAGACAAGCAAAUAUCUGUCAUUUUCAAAUCCCUGAUUCUGACGGCCCACCGACUUAACGACGACAACGAUAAGGAUGGAGCACUCCGAAGAGAACUUGGAUCUACCCUUAUCACGCUCUCUCAGAACACUGGAAAGUCGGGCGAUAUCAUCCAAUCUGUGAUCGAGGAUGUGAAAUUCGACAUUGAGGAAUUGGAGAUGAAGCUCGAUCUAUCCUUCCGCUCUCGAAGACUCCCCGAGACCGCGAAAGACGGCGACGAGAUGGCAGAUGUGGAUCAGUCCAAAACGCCGCAGGAUAUUGGGGUUCUGUUGGAGGAGCUUUCUGGUCGAUCCGAGGGCUUGUCGCCUUGCCUUGUACCGCAGCCGGGAGAGAUUUUCGACGAGUUCAGCCACAUCUUCUUCUCUAUCGUCUCCGAGAAGUCGCAGGAUAGCGAAUUGCUCGCCAAAUUCGAACGCAGCUCUAAGCUGCAGCGAGAGACCGCGUUCAAGGAUUGCACUUACUUCGGCUUCUUUAUUCGAAUCUGGUGUGGCCCUUACCCGGCGAUGGCUCGUGUCGCAGCACUGGAUAUGGUCAAGAGAAGGCUCAAGGCUGGCGAUUCAGAUAAGACUGAUCUUCAGUCCCUGCUCCCAUACUGUAUCGCAGCCGUGAGCGACCCUUCUAAGCGAGUUCGACAAUCAGCCGCCGACCUGAUCACUGUGGUUACAACUCUGUACACCCCCCCAGUCUCCUCGAGUGGGAUGGCUACCUGGGGAGAGGGCGUUCUGUAUGGCAAGUCCAAGGAUUCAGCAACGCUUACUCCAGAUGUUGUCGCUAGGAUGCUCCACCUGCAAAUCCUGCCUACUGUUGAGGAGUGUGUGAUUGACCCUGAGCACAUCUCUGCGAUUCUCAGAACCUCGAUUGAGCAAGGCAAAUAUCAAUCGAAGCCCGAUCCCGCCUUGGAUAAGAAAGAUCACAUGUCCCAGCCAGGUAGACUCUCGCUUCUGACUUUCCUCGCCUCUCAUAUUGUCAAUACGCCCCUUGUUUUGGUCAAGAACCGACUUUUGAAGUGUGUAAACGAGAUCCGAGGAGUUUCAACGACCACCAGAACGCAACUUCUCCUGCCGGCUUUGCAGUGGUGGGCCAAUCUGAGCGAGCUGGAGGCCGCCAAGCUGUGCAGCUCCGAGCGUGUUGAGAAGUCAGACAUGGACGCCCGAUUUGUUGAUGUUGUUGUUCCGAACGACACUGCAGGACUGGAGUUCUUCUUGAAGUUCCUCAGGGAUCCUGAGCAGAGGGAAAAGUCGGACCUUAUUCGGGCCAUCUUUGCGCGCAUCAGAAAGAUGUGGACCCCGAUGAAGGCCGAUUUCAGGUUUAUUGCCGCCGAGCAAUUGCUGGAGAUCUCGCAGGAGUCGGCAGGCUCUGGUGACUCUACGUCGAUUGUUCCCGCUGAAGCUGCUGACCUUUUGAGGAACGUUAAGCUGACUACGGAUAUCCUGUCUUUCUUCCUCGACUCUAUUCAAACCGGAACUAAGAUGAUCACCGAGCCCCCCCCUAACAAGCGACGACGCACGAGCUCUUCUGGUGGUGACCGGGGCUUGAUCACCCAGGUGACACCCGAGUUGAGCCAGGCGCUCCGAAAAGUCACAUUUGUUCUGCAACUGGUGGAGAACUCCGAACCAGUGGAACACCCUGAGCUUCUCGACGGCCUCUUCACAGCUCUUUCGGAGCUCCAGCACUUUAGAACGGUUGUCGGAUCCGAGUUGGGCUACCUGCAGAAUCUGAUUCUCCGAAGCGUUCUGGCCAUGAUGCCAGCGUACAAGGCCAACAAGAAGCUCAAGAUCGACAGCUCAGGUGGCUAUGGCGACCUGCUUGUUAACUGCAUUCAAAAGUCGUCUAGCCCCGUCGUUCAGAACGCCGCGUUGCUCUUGAUUGCUAGCCUCGCCACUACUGCCCCCAACCUGGUACUUCACAGCGUCAUGCCCAUUUUCACCUUCAUGGGCACCUCUGUGCUCCGACAGAGCGAUGACUACUCCGCUCACGUCGUCUCCCAGACAAUCAAGGAGGUCAUCCCUCCUUUGAUUGACUCUUUGCGCCAGGGACAGACUAGCCCUGUGGCCGGAGCGUCAGAUAUACUCGUGAGCUUUACCACGGCGUACGAGCAUAUCCCAGCCCACCGAAGACAGGGUUUAUUCGUUGCCCUCGUGGAGACCCUCGGACCCCAGGAAUUCCUUCAUGGCCUCAUUAGCAUGCUGGUCGAUCGAUAUGGGCCGAGUGAUGCUCUUCUGCAGUUUGUCGUUGAGUUGUUGAACAACUUUAGCAUUGAGGCUCAGCUUGAUACCCUUGUUAAGCUCUGGGAUCUCAUCGCCGAUCUAUUCAAGUCCAAGCCUGGAAUUUCAUUUGUUCUCCUGGGUAUUAGUGACGACAGAAACAACAAGGACAUUCAAGAAAUUGCUCUUCGUCAACUGUCGGCAUUCCCCACCUUCUUGUCUAGCAAGAAGCUCAAGUCUCAAAUCGGAGGAGUCAUGGAACAGGACGACAUGCAAGCCUCUAGGGCCCGCGAGCUUUACGCCACGCUUCUGGAGAAUAUUCUUGUGCUGGCAGAUGGUGUUAAGACAACUAAGAGUCUUCACAGCAAAUGCGGUCACUCUCUCCAGAACCACCUUAAUCUGCUCUCUAUCGGCGAGUUUAUCAAGGCCGUGGAGAACCUCCUCGACAGAUCCGAUAUGGGUCUCCGACAAAAGGUCCUCCGUGCUCUCGAGGUUCGUGUGGAACAGGAAAGCAACACCGAUCCUGCUUCUAGGGCAGUGCUGCUGGCUUUCCUACCCCAGCUCACUGCUGGCAUUCGGGAGUCGAACGACAUCCGGUACAAGCACACUGCGGUUACAUGUGUGGACAAGAUUGCAGAGAAGUAUGGCAAGAAAGACAUCGAGGCCGUUGUGGGGGCUGCAGCUACCAUCGCUGGGGAGCAUUGCCUGGGACAGUCUGAACAGCGUCUCCGGGUCAUGGCUCUGCUGUGCUUGACAUCCCUCGUGGACGUGCUCCAGGACGCCAUUAUUCCAGUCCUGCCAAGCGCCAUCCCACAGGCUGUGGCGUACUUGAAUGAGAGCAUUGAAGGAGAAGAGGUGGAUAAAGAAUUACACGUGGCCAGUUACGGGUUCAUCAGCACCCUUGCCGAACACCUCCCCUACAUGCUGUCUACCUAUGUGGACCGUAUUCUGGAAGUGUCCAACAAGUCUGCCGAAAUCGACCUGGACGAGGAAACUACGGAAUGCCGUGUCGACUGCCUCCAUUUCCUGGCUAAGCAGCUCGAGGCGAAGGAGAUUUUCUCGAGCUUGGACCGAAACUGGGAGAACGCUACGGCUUCCGGAUUCUCUGCGGUUUCUGAGUAUCUCAAUGUCCUGGGCCUGGCCAUUGAUAAGCACCCCAAGUCUGGAAUCUCCAAGAACGUGACCCUGUUGUCGAGCAUCUUGAAGAAGGCCUUUGAUCUCCGCCGCCAGGAGUCUGCCAAGGGCGAGUUGAGCGAGCAAGCCUCGCAGAAGCUCGCCACCAUUGAAGAGAGCCUUAACGAAAAGGCACUCAAGAUGAUCUACAAGCUCAAUGAUGCCGCGUUCCGACCGGUGUUUGUUCAGCUCGUCGAGUGGUCUGGAACUGGAUUGGCGAGGGGUGACCGCGUUGGGCGAGCUCUCCGACAGUACAGUGUCUACGGGUUCCUCGAGGCCUUUUUCGGUGGCUUGAAAUCCAUCGUCACCAACUACGCUACCUACGUUGUCGAUGAUGCUGUCAAGAUUCUGAAGUCGGCUGACCUUGAGGUUGCCGAGGAACAAGCCUUGUGGAGCAGGGUGCUUCAGACGCUUGCACAGUCCUUUGAGCAUGAUCAAGAUGACUUCUGGCAGGCUCCGGCUCACUUCGGUGCCGUUGGACCUGUGAUGAUGGAGCAAUUCUCACAUGCCGGUUUGGUGGAUGUCACGGAAGACCUGAUCCCCGCUACGGUCGAGCUAGCGUCGGCGGCAGACUCACAGGCGCAUCAGAAGGAGCUCAACUCGGCGCUGCUCAAGCAUCUGAGGUCAGAGCAAGCGCCCGUCCGACUGGCUGCGGUCAAGUGCGAGCAGGCGUUGACAGACCGUCUCGGAGAGGAGUGGCUGGCGAUGCUGCAUGAGAUGCUGCCUCGAAUCAGCGAGCUGCAGGAGGAUGACGACGAGGUGGUCGAGCGGGAGACGCAUAGAUGGAUCGUGAAGAUUGAGGGAGUAUUGGGAGAGAGCCUUGAUUCCAUAGAGGUUGGGAAAGGAGAAGAACUGUCAAUGGCUGCAAUUGCGCGUCCUGAGGCCCGCGUGUUGGUACAGCUGAGUCGACAAUCGAAAGGACCUGGUCUCCGAAGUCGCUCCUCGCGUUUAGCAAGUACAGUUGCUAAGGCCGCACUUGAUGCCUCAACCAAGGAGCGCAUCGUCGUCCUAGGCUCCGGAUGGGCCGGUUACGCCCUCACAAGAACCCUCUCACCAUCAAAAUCCUCGCGCAUUCUCAUAUCUCCUCGUUCCCACUUCGUCUUCACGCCGCUGCUCGCUUCCACAGCGGUCGGGACGCUCGAGUUCCGCGCCGCCAUCGAGCCAGUGCGCCGUCUCGGACUGACCGAGUUUCACCAGGCAUGGGCGUCAGAUAUUGACUUCCAGCGCAAGAUCAUCCGCGUCGAGACCAACACGCGCGAUGAGCUCCCGCCGCGGCCGGGCGCUGUUCUGACGGAGAACAAGGAGUUUGAGGUUCCGUAUGACAAGCUCGUGGUGGCCGUGGGCUGCUACAGCCAGACGUUUGGCGUCGAAGGCGUUAGGGAGCACGCAAGCUUCCUCAGAGACGUCAAAGAUGCGCGUGCCGUGCGUCUCAAGGUGCUCCAGGCCUUCGAGAAGGCUGCGUUGCCAACAGCGAGCCCUGAAGACCGGGAAAAGCUGCUGCAUUUCGCCGUCGUCGGAGGCGGACCGACGGGCAUCGAGUUUGCCGCCGAGCUCCACGAUCUGGUUCACGAAGACCUCUCGAAGCUGUAUCCGGAGCUAAUGCAGCACGUGGCCAUCACCAUCUACGACAUUGCGCCCAAGGUGCUGCCCAUGUUCGACCAGAACCUGGCCACCUACGCCACCGAGAUGUUCCGCCGCAACGGCAUUCGCGUCAAGACGGAGCAUCACCUGCAGCGGAUCCGGCGCGACGGCGAGGUGCUGAUGAUGUCUAUUAAGGAGGAGCCCGAGGAGGUUGGCGCGGGAAUCGUCGUCUGGAGCACGGGGUUGAUGCAGAAUCCGCUCGUGGGCAAGCUGCUCGACCAGGAGAUUGAAGGCGUGGGCAGGAUCGCCAAGGACCCGAAAUCGGGCGGCAUCGUCACGGACUCGCAUCUCCGCGUGCAGUUACAGUCUUCCGAGGGCACAGAAACAACCACACUACCAGACGUCUUUGCCAUUGGCGAUUGCGCUGUCGUCCAGGGCCAGGCACUCCCAGCCACGGCGCAAGUGGCCAGCCAGCAGGCCGUAUACCUUGGAAAGCGACUGAACGCAAAGACGGAAUCAGAUACAAAAACAGCACCCUUCAGCUUCCGCAACUGGGGCACGAUGGCGUAUCUUGGCGGAUGGCGGGCGAUUCAUCAGUCGAAGGGCGACGAACUCAAGGGCAGGGCAGCGUGGAUCCUGUGGCGGACUGCGUACCUGACCAAGAGCAUGAGUAUCCGAAACAAGGUGAUGAUUCCAAUCUACUGGCUUGUUACAUGGAUCUUUGGGCGAGACAUCUCGCGCUUCUAG